AUGAACACUGCAGUGGUGGCCAGCCUGGCCACCCUGCUCCCCAUGGCGGCCAUUGCGGCGGCAGCCACGGUUGGCCGCCUGCUGUGGCGGCGCAAGCUGCGCCGGAAGGCGGUUGCUGAGCGGCUGGAGACACAAGGCCUGCUGCAGCGAGCUGGGAGGGCGGAGGGCGGCAGGCGCGGCGGCUCGGGGGACAGGAAGCGGGCGCGGCUGACGGCCAUGCUGCGUGCCCAGCUGGGCAGCGACCGCCGCCGCGGCAUCGAGAUGCUGCCCAUAGAAGUGCUGCCCAGCGGCCUGGCCCACCAGCUGGGCGUGCUGCAGGACCAGGAGAAGGAAGCAGGCUCAGAGGCAGCUCUCCUCACGAGGGCAGGUGCAGCAGACUUGGAGCAGGGCAUCGCGGCGCAGCUGGCCCGGGCUGCAGAUUCUGCUACCACCAGCCAGGCUUGGGGCCCGGUGGCACCAUCCCUGCGCAUGUCGGCUCGGGAUCUGGAGUUUGUGGCGGAUGCCGAUGGGCAGCUGCUGGAGCUGGGGGAGGGUGGCCAUGCUGUAGUGUACCUGGCACACAUGCAGGGGGUGGAGGUGGCGGUGAAGGUGUUUGAGCUGCAGCCGGUGCUCGACCCGCACACGGCGUGGCGGGAGGUGUCGCUGCUGCGCCAGUGCGCCCACGCUCGCAUCGUGCCGCUGUUUGGAGUGGCACUCAGGGGCUCGCUGCUGAUGCUGGCGAUGGAGCUAAUGCGGGGCGGCAGCCUGCGGGUGGCGCUGCAGGAUGCAGAGCUGCGGCGGCGCCUGCGCUGGGAGGCGGGGGGCCGGCAGGUGGCGCUGGAUGUGGCGGAAGGGCUGCACCACCUCCACACAACACAGCGAGUCAUGCACGGCGGCAUCGAGGCGGGCAAUGUGCUGCUGGACAGCGAUCUCCGGGCCUGCCUUGGAGACAUGAGCAUGGCGCGGAUGGUGGGCAGCAAGGCACGCAGCGCGGCGGGCUUCUGCUGCACGCACGCAGCCCCCGAGCAGCUGAUGGGGUACCGCUGCACCCUGGCGGCCGACAUGUACGGCUUUGGCAUCCUGCUGGUGGAGCUGACCACUCAGUGCGUGGUGGACAGGCGCGGCGAGUGGCGCCUGCCACGCGUGCCGGACGAGUGCCCUCAGGCGGUGCUGGCGCUGAUCGAGGACUGCGUCGUGGCCGACCCGCUGCGCCGCUGCACGGCGGCCGAGGCGCUGCGGCGGCUGGAGGUGCUGGACAGUUGCUGA